CAGCAGGCCGGCCAGGCGGCUCAGUGUGCCGGCUCCUGACUUCUCAGGUUCCUGGGUCCUGGCCGUCCUCUCCCCGCAGUCCGCCUCCUGCGUUCCGUUGUCCGCCGCAGCCAGUCAUGCUAGAGCAUCUGAGCUCGCUGCCCACGCAGAUGGACUACAAGGGCCAGAAGCUAGCUGAACAGAUGUUUCAGGGAAUUAUUCUUUUUUCUGCAAUAGUUGGAUUUAUCUACGGGUACGUGGCUGAGCAGUUCGGGUGGACCGUCUAUAUAGUUAUGGCUGGAUUUGCUUUUUCGUGUUUGCUGACACUUCCUCCAUGGCCCAUCUAUCGGCGACAUCCCCUCAAGUGGUUACCUGUUCAAGACUCAGGCACAGAAGACAAGAAACCAGGGGACAGAAAAAUUAAGAGGCAUGCUAAAAAUAACUGAUUGAGAUUUUCACCUGCUUUUAUUUUCCGUGACACAAGCUAAACCGCUUUCAUACCCAAAACGAGCUAAAAACCACCUACAUUUUGGCACAGCUGUGUGUACAUUUAGUUCUCUUUAUAAUUUCAUUUCUAAACCAGUUGGGAUUUGAUUUUAAAAUAUUUUAGACCUUUUCUUCAUUAUCUUGUUCUGAAAUGGAGAACAGAAAACACAAGUAUGCAAAUGUCCUUUCAGGUAUACAUAAUGAAGAAUAAAUGCCUCAUAAAUACAA